CCUCUGUCCUCUCCCUCCCUCGCCGACCCGCCCCAACCGACCGGCGAGCCGUGGUGCCCGCCCUCAUCGCCGGAACACCACCUCCCCAGCCAAGCAAGCCGCACUCUGUGACGAACCUCACUCGCCGGAAUACUACCGACCCGGGCACCCGGCAGCGAUGGCCGAGGAGGUGAAGCCCCUGGAGACGGCGCGGGCCGACCGCCCUGUUUGGCUCAUGAAAUGCCCCACCGUCGUCUCCCGCGCCUGGCAGGAGGCCGCCGCCACCUCCAACCCCGAGGCCGGCGGUGCCAACCCUAACCCGGUGGUUGCCAAGGUCAUCCUCUCCCUCGACCCCCUCCGCGACGAGCAGCCUACCAAGUUCAAGAUGGAGAUGGCUCAAGCAAACAAUGGCAAUACACCAAAGAGUUACUCUCUGAAUAUGUAUAAUGACUUUGUGCCAAUGUGCAUCUUUUCUGAGUCUAACCAAGGGAAAUACGCAUGUGAAGGGAAAGUCGAGAACAAGUUUGACAUGAAACCACACAGUGAAAAUCUUGCGAAUUAUGGAAAGUUAUGCCGUGAGAGGACUACUAAGUCUAUGGAUAGACCAAGAGUGGAGGUACUUGUGGAUGACCAUGGAAAUCGCAUGAGACCCAUGCCUGGCUUGGUUGGCCUGAUGCCUUCUUCUGCUGCAAAUGCAAAGGAGAAGAAGAAGCCAGCAUCAACAAAACCUUUUGAAAUGAAAAGAACACGAAGGGAUCGUAAAGAAAUGGAGAAUAUCCUAUUCAAGCUUUUUGAGAGGCAGCCAAAUUGGUCGUUAAAGCAGCUUAUGCAAGAGACAGACCAACCUGAACAAUUCCUGAAAGAGAUACUGAACGACCUCUGUGUCUACAAUAAAAGAGGACCGAAUCAAGGGACGCACGAGCUCAAGCCUGAAUACAAGAAGUCGACAGAGGACAACAGCGCUACUUGAAGUUCUUCCUCUGAUUCGCCUAACGGGAGUUCUCCAGUCCCGACCGAUGGGAACUCCAACCUGUUAAUUGCUCCGUAUAAUUUUAGUCGCUGAUGCUCGGUUGGGCUGCCCCUUGCAACGUACAGUACUUUGUAGGUUUAUAUGCCACUAGAAAUAAGGAUCCAAAUUUUGUAAAUAGACCUUGCCUUUCAGUGUCGAACUGGCCGAACAAGAUGAUCCUGAGGAUCAAUUGAACAAUGUUGACUGGUCAUUUGAACGAAA